UUUUAGGAGAAGCCGUGGAAUGCUUUCUCAUUAAGUUUGUCCUAAGUGGUGUGCCGUCUUGAAGGCCUAGGCGCGGCUGCCAAGUGACCGGGAAGCAAGGAAGGAAUUCUAAAUAAAAAGCAGGCAGAGCCCGAACGGAACUCCGCGGCGGACGAAGGAGCAAAUGGGAACCAAGGUGGUAGCCGCGGCAGCAGCUGCUGCCUACGAGGAGCUGAAGCUACACAUAACACCAGAGAAAUUUUAUGUGGAAGCUUGUGAUGAUGGAGCAAAUGAUGUACUUACCAUUGACAGAGUGUCCACAGAAAUUACUCUUGCAGUUAAAAAAGAUGUUCCACCUUCAGCUAUUACCAGGCAAAUAUGUGGUAUUUUGGGAACAGUCCGUCUGGUGGCAGGCACAUACCUUAUUGUAAUAACAAGAAAGAGAAAAGUAGGUGAAUUUUUCAAUCAUAUAGUCUGGAAAGCAAUUGAUUUUGACAUCCUCUCUUACAAAAAAACAAUGCUACAUUUAACUGAUAUUCAGUUACAAGAUAAUAAAGUCUUCUUAGCAAUGAUUAGUCAUAUAUUGAGUGUGGAUGGAUUUUAUUUCUCUACAACAUAUGACUUGACACACACCUUGCAACGAUUGGCUAAUACCAGUCCAGAGUUUCAAGAAAUGAGUUUGCUAGAGAGGGCAGACCCACGGUUUGUAUGGAAUGGACACCUUCUUAGAGAACUUGCUGCUCAACCUGAGUUGUUAUUAUGCAUACUAGUUCCAUUAAUGGUAAAUACUUUGACUGGAUUCUAAUUUCUCGAAGAAGCUGUUUCAGAGCUGGUGUUCGCUACUACGUGAGGGGUAUUGAUUCUGAAGGACAUGCAGCUAACUUUGUGGAAACGGAACAAAUUGUACAUUAUAAUGGAAACAAAGCUUCUUUUGUCCAGACACGAGGAUCAAUUCCCUUUUUCUGGUCACAGAGACCGAAUCUCAAAUAUAAGCCAAAGCCACAGAUCAGCAAAACAGUAAACCAUAUGGAUGGCUUCCAAAGGCACUUUGAUUCACAGAUUAUUAGCUAUGGAAAACAAAUGAUUGUUAAUCUGGUUAACCAGAAAGGCUCAGAAAAGCCUCUGGAACAAACUUUUUCAAAAAUGGUAACUGGUUUAGGAAAUGGAAUGAUCAAGUAUGUAGCCUUUGAUUUUCAUAAAGAAUGCAGUCGUAUGAGAUGGGAUAGACUCCAAAUUUUACUGGAUCAACUUGCUGCACCACAAAAUGAAUAUGGCUAUUUUCUAGUUGAUGCAGAAGGGAAGGUAGAUACACAACAGGAAGGAAUAUUCCGCAGCAACUGUAUGGAUUGCCUGGACAGGACAAAUGUGGUUCAGAGCCUUUUAGCACGCCGUUCUCUACAAUCACAGCUGCAGAGAUUAGGUGUUUUGCAUGCUACCCAGAAACUUGAAGAACAAGCAGAAUUUGAGAAAAUUUAUAAAAAUGCAUGGGCUGAUAACGCAAAUGCUUGUGCCAAACAAUAUGCUGGAACGGGUGCCUUAAAGACAGACUAUACCAGAACUGGAAAGAGAACACAAUGGGGUCUAUUAAUGGAUGGUUGGAACUCACUAAUUCGUUACUAUAAAAACAACUUUUCUGAUGGAUUUAGACAGGAUGCUAUAGAUCUCUUUCUUGGAAAUUAUUCAGUGGAUGAAGUAGAUUCUCUCAGUCCUUUUCAUAUACAGAAAGACUGGAAGUUUUUGGCUUUACCUAUUAUUAUGGUAGUUGCUUUCUCGAUGUGCAUUAUCUGUUUGCUUAUGGCAGGGGACACAUGGACAGAGACACUGGCGUACGUGAUGUUCUGGGGAAGUGCAAGUUUUGGAACUCUUGCUAUCAUCCUUUACAAUGGCAAAGAUUUUGUAGAUGCACCUAGGCUAGUCCAAAAGGAAAAAAUGGACUGAAUUUGUGUGUGUGGAAAGCGGCUUGGUAGAGAUGGCUCCUCAGUUCAUACAUGGAGUCUCUACUGACCUGCUUUCCACACCAAUUUUUUUUGUGGGGGGGGGGGGCAGAGUUAGGUUUCAUUUUUAAAGGGUGAGAAGGUGAUUCCAUUUGGUUACUUGAUGGAAGGGACUUACCUUUUUGUUCUACAGUUACAAUGAUUUUCAGAGUAUUGCAUUUGUUAGACGACUUGCACACACAAGAUGGAAGUGAAAGUCAGUAAUGCUAUGCCCUAACACAGGGAUACCUGAAUUCCUAAAGAAUCUGUGACUAUAUUAUUCCAGCAGUAUAUUAUUAUAAAUCUUAGAUAGCUCCAUUGCUAAGGAUUAUGAUCUGGUGUAUCAAGAAAUCUCUGUUGUUAGGUUAAAGUACGUAUCAUUUACCUUCUCCAAUACAUGGAAAAGCUUUGCUUAUUAACCAUAAUAAAUAAUUGCUGCUUUAGUGAUUUUGGAUUGGGUAUCCAUAUAAAUUGGUAAUAUUGCAAAUACGUUUUUUUUAAUUAAGUCCAAGAGCAUCUGUUUUCUUAGAUUUCUAUAAAUACAGUACUUUUUUAUUUUAAAAAAAAGUUCCUCCAGCUAGUAAUGGAUGAGAAUAAUGCAAUAUUCUGUUAAAACAUUGUUGAGAGAAUGAGAUGUACAACUGAUUUUCAUGGGAUAUGUCUUGUGCUGCUUUAAUUACUGUCCUUAGCUUUAGAUAAAUUUCCACAUGAUUCAAUUUUUUUUUUUUAAAAAAAAAGAUGUACAUGAAAUCAAAGAAUGUAAAAAUGGUUAUUUAAACACUCUCUUGCUAAAGGUCCAAAGUAUUCAUUUCUUUUUGAAGAAUCUCAAAUGUCAGAUGGAGUUUUGAAAUCCAGCUACUAUAUCUGCUGCCUUGGAUUUAAAAAGAAUGAUCUGUGGAAAAUUGAAUAUUUAAAAAAAAAAGUCUUGGGAAAUAUUCCAUGUUUGCACUUGGGAUCAGCAUCAACUUUUUGUGCAUGCCAUAACUAUUUCUCUACAACUGUAACUAUUAAAAUGAUUAAGCUAUAAUAUAAGUCUUAUGCUAAUUAUUAAUAAAUAUGUCUCAACUCUA